AUGGAGGACGGCAAGCCGGUAUGGGCGCCCCACCCGGCCGACGGGUUCCAGCUGGGCAUGAUCGUGGACAUAGGAGCCGACACGCUCACCAUAGAACCACUGAACCAGAGGGGCAAGACCUUUCUUGCUCCAAUGAGCCAAGUCUUCCCGGCUGAGGACGAUGUCAACAAACUUGUAGAUGACAACUGUUCCCUCAUGUACUUGAAUGAAGCGACACUUCUCAACAACGUUAGAGUGCGGUACAACAAAGACCACAUUUAUACUUAUGUAGCGAACAUCCUGAUAGCUGUGAAUCCUUACUUUGACGUCCCCAAACUGUACGGCCCAGAAAACAUCAAGUCGUACCGGGGGAAGUCGCUGGGCACGCUGCCACCUCACGUCUAUGCUAUAGCCGACAAAGCCUACAGGGACAUGAAGGUUCUCAAGAUGAGUCAGUCCAUCAUAGUUUCUGGUGAAUCUGGUGCCGGGAAGACUGAAAACACCAAGUUUGUUCUCAGAUAUCUGACCACAACAUAUGGAAGCGGUCAGGAUAUUGACGAGAGAAUUGUAGAAGCGAAUCCUCUUCUCGAGGCCUUUGGAAACGCUAAAACAGUUCGGAACAAUAACAGCAGCCGGUUUGGGAAGUUUGUAGAAAUCCACUUCAAUGAAAAGAAUGCAGUUGUGGGAGGAUUUGUGUCCCACUACCUGCUGGAGAAGUCGAGGAUUUGCAUGCAAAGCAACGAGGAGAGGAACUACCACAUCUUCUACCGACUGUGUGCCGGAGCAUCUGAGGACAUCAAGAAGAAACUGCACCUGGACUCUCCAGACAGCUUCAGGUAUCUGAACCGCGGAUGCACCAGGUACUUUGCCAGUAAAGACUCGGAUAAACAAAUCAUGCAGAGUCGCAAGAGUCCUGAGCAUCUGAAGGUCGGCGCUCUGAAGGAUCCUCUCCUUGACGACCAGGGCGACUUCACCAGGAUGUGCGGGGCCAUGAAGAAGAUCGGCCUGGAUGACACCGAGAAGCUGGACCUGUUCCGGGUGGUCGCCGGCGUUUUACAUCUGGGCAACAUUGACUUUGAAGAGACGGGCAGCUCCUCAGGUGGAUGUGUUUUGAGAAAUCAGUGCAGCCAGUCUCUGGAGUACUGUGCUGAUCUGCUCGGUCUGGACCAGGACGAUCUGCGCGUCAGCCUCACAACCAGAGUCAUGCUCACCACAGCAGGGGGCGCCAAAGGAACAGUUAUCAAGGUGCCUCUCAAGGUGGAACAAGCAAACAACGCCCGGGACGCCCUGGCCAAGGCCGUGUACAGCCGGCUGUUCGAUCACGUGGUCAAACGGGUGAACCAGUGUUUCCCCUUCGAGACCUCGUCCAACUUCAUCGGGGUGCUGGACAUCGCUGGGUUCGAGUAUUUCGAGCACAACAGCUUUGAGCAGUUCUGUAUCAAUUACUGCAACGAGAAACUGCAGCAGUUCUUCAACGAGCGCAUUCUCAAAGAGGAGCAAGAGCUGUAUCAGAGGGAAGGGCUGGGCGUGAAUGAGGUCCAUUAUGUUGACAAUCAGGACUGCAUAGACCUAGUGGAGGCAAAGCUGGUGGGAAUCCUGGACAUUUUGGAUGAAGAGAACCGACUCCCGCAGGCCAGCGACCAACACUUUGCUCUGGUCGUUCACAGCAAACACAAAGACCACUUCAGACUGACGGUUCCAAGAAAGUCCAAGCUGACCAUUCACAGGAAUCUCCGGGAUGACGAGGGCUUCAUCGUCCGGCACUUUGCUGGAGCCGUCUGCUAUGAAACGACCCGGUUUGUGGAGAAGAAUAAUGAUGCCCUGCACAUGUCCCUGGAGAGCUUGGUGUCCGAAUCCAAAGACAAGUUUGUUCGAGAGCUGUUUGAGAACUCCAGCACUGCCAAGGACUCCAAACAGAAGGCUGGCAAACUGGGCUUCAUCAGCGUCGGCAACAAGUUCAAGACUCAGCUGAACCUGCUGCUGGAGAAGCUUCGCAGCACUGGCUCAAGUUUCAUCCGCUGUGUGAAACCCAACCUGAAGAUGGUGAGCCACCAGUUUGAAGGAGCUCUGAUUCUUUCCCAGCUGCAGUGCUCAGGCAUGGUGUCAGUGCUGGACCUGAUGCAGGGGGGGUUCCCCUCCAGAGCCCCCUUCCACGAGCUCUACGACAUGUAUAAACAGUACAUGCCAGACAAACUCACACGGCUGAACCCUCGACUCUUCUGCAAGGCGUUGUUCAAAGCUCUGGGGCUGAAUGACGCUGACUUUAAGUUUGGACUGACCAGAGUGUUCUUCCGCCCUGGAAAGUUCGCAGAGUUUGACCAGAUCAUGAAGUCGGACCCAGACCACCUCGCAGAGCUGCUGCAGAAAGUCAACAAGUGGUUGAUGUGCAGCUGCUGGAAGAAAGUCCAGUGGUGCAGCCUGUCCGUCAUCAAACUCAGGAACAAGAUGAGGUACAGAGCUCAGGCCUGCAUUAAGAUUCAGAAGUCUGUCCGCAUGUGGUUAUGCAAGAAGAAGCAUAAGCCACGCAUCGAUGGUAUGGUGAAGGUUCGAAAUCUGAAGAAACAAAUGGAGCGGUUCAACGAGGUGGUGAGCGUGCUGAAGGAGGGCAAACAGGAGAUGGCCAAACAGGUCCAGGAUCUGGCCUCCUCCGUUGAUGCCCUGCAAGCCAAGAUAAAGACCACGGUGAUGACUUGGAAAGAGAUCGACACAGAGUACCAGGGGCUGGUGAAGCGCUCGGAGCAGCUGCUCUCCUCCAUGCAGAAGAAGAAGCAGGAGGAGGAGGAGGGCGAGAGGCUGAAGCACAUUGAGAAGGAGAUGGACAAAGAGAGGAAGAGGAGGGAGAAGGAGGAGCAGCGGCGCAAUCAGGAGGAAGAGGACAGAAGACUGAAAGCAGAGAUGGAGCUGAAGAGGAAGCUGGAUGAAGAGGAUAGAAAGAAGCGAGAGAAAGAGGAGAAAGUUAUACAGGCGGAGUUGGAUGUCCAGCUGGCUGUGGAGCGGGAGGAGCAGGUCCAACGCACCACUGUGGUGGAGCAGGAGAGACGAGACAGGGAGUUAGCCAUGAGAAUCGCCCAGAGCGAGGCGGAGCUGAUCACCGAGGAGGGCCAGCUGGACCCGAGCCUGCGCAGGUACCGCACCGCACCUGUGAACCCAACAAGCACACCUUCGAGCACACGACAACAUGCAUGUGUAACCGCAGGUCCCCAGGUGCAGGCCACGAAAGCCGCCGCUGGUGUGAAGAAGUAUGAUCUCAGCAAGUGGAAGUAUGCCGAGCUGCGAGAUGUCAUCAACACCUCCUGCGACAUCGAGCUGCUGGCGGCGUGCAGACAGGAGUUCCACCGUCGCCUGAAGGUGUACCACGCCUGGAAAUCCAAGAACAAGAAACGCGACGAUGACGGCAGCGAUCAGAGGGCUCCCAAAUCUAUCACUGAUUAUGCCGAACAGAACCCAGCUCCUCCGAUGACGGCCCAGCAUCAGGAAGUUGCAAUGAACCGGCAGCAGCGCUACUUCCGCAUUCCCUUCAUCCGGCCCGCGGACCAGUUCAAGGACCCGCAGAAUAAAAAGAAGGGCUGGUGGUAUGCCCACUUUGAUGGGCCCUGGAUAGCCAGACAGAUGGAGCUUCACCCAGACAAACGGCCCAUUGUGUUGGUCUCAGGUAAAGACGACAUGGAGAUGUGCGAGCUGAGUCUGGAGGAGACGGGCCUGACCAGGAAGAGGGGGGCGGAGAUCCUGCCCAGGCAGUUCGAAGAAAUCUGGGAACGCUGUGACGGGAUUCAGUAUCUGAAGAAAGCCAUCGAGAACAAGCAGGCCCGCCCCACGUACGCUACCGCCAUGCUCCAGAGUCUGCUCAAGUGAACCACAGCGCACAAGAUAAGCACACCAGCACCAGUGUGGUCCUGGAACAUGACCCCGAUACACACACACUCACAGACAUGCACAUGUAAAGGGCAGCGCGGUGCAUCUGUGGUUUGUUGGUUACCACAGAGAAAGAUACUGAAUCAUCUCAUUUUUAAUGUAGGUUUAUUUUCACUUUUUAUAACUUCAUUUUUUGCAGUGGAACACUUCAUUGGUGCAGCGUUAGCAUUCACUGUUUCUUCUUAGUCUGUGAUUGAAAGUGAUGAGGCCUUAAAAUGCAGUUUCACUGCACAAAACCAAGGAAGUCUUAACUGGUGUGGAGCCUGUAGCUUUAAACCUGGAACCUUAACCGUCUGUGAUAGGGACAAACAAGUCGAUUUAAAGAGAAAACCUGUAGACAUGCUGUGAAAUAGUUUUGUUGUUCAAGUCAUUUAAGUUUUUGUCAUUUGAAUAUAAAGACUAUUAUUAUUCACUAUCUAUAAAUACAUCUGAUUUGAUUAGAAGCAAUAAUUUCAUUUUUCACACUUGUGUACUUUGUCUGGCUCCAGCCCCCUGCGACCCGGCCGGAUGAUGAUGGAUGUGUUUUCUUCCUCAGAUUUAUGUUAUAUACUUCAUCAUGACACUCAUAGACGCUCAUAUAACUAACAAACAGAAUGCUAUAUUUACACAUAAUAUAAUCUUUUCCUGUAUUUGAUUUAAUUCUCUAUCUCAGGUUCUCAUCCAUGGACCCCGUACAACAGUGGUUCUCAAUCUUUUGCAUUUCAGAGACCCCUUGACUGACACAAAUUAGAAUUAGACCAAGGACCACUAUUUGACAAGACUUUUGGUUUUAGAUGUUUUAUUACAGGACGUGUAUGAUGUGUAUGAAAAUCAAAAUAGUCAUAAAAUUCAUCAGUGUGUUACUUCGAUGGAUGAAUCUGUUCACGGAUCCCCUGACAGUUUGUAGCCUCCCAUUUGAGAACCAUUGUUCUAUCCACUACAAAUGUAAUGACAUCAGAUUGAAGAAAUACCUUGGUGGCUCAUUUUUAAAUCUUUGAAAUCUAUUUCUCUCUGUAGUUGCAGAGUGUAUUUUUCUUCCGGAGAAUCUUUUUGAGGAAAGUCUUCGUUUGAAGUAUCGUGCUUUUCUCUGUUAGCCGUCAUUAUUUUUCUUUUCUCUGUUGAAUCCUUGAUCACGUUUUUUGUAUUGUUGUUUAUUUGAUAUGUACGAGGAGAAGUGUAGAGGUUUGUUUGCAGUAAUGUGGGUUUGGGUUUGUUUUACAGACAAUAAUGUAAUUGUUGUGUGCGUGUUUGUUCAUGUAAUAUUUUAUCGAUCUGAUUACUUGACUCCUCUGUUGGUUGUGUCAUGAACAAUCUGAACAUCUUAACUCUACUUUUGUUUAGACACACACACACACACAAACUGUAGAGAUACAGUCGACUCUGCUGUAACUGAUGACUCACUGUCAUACGUUCCCUCUUUGUACUUUGGCCUUUGCUCUGGAAAACUGUAGGAAAUAAACGAAUGCUCCCCA